UUAAAUUCCUCUGUAACGGGUCCGGAGCCGACAAAAACAACAAACAAACCGAGAGGCACGCGAUUGGCUGCGGGCGUGCAGGGCGGGCCGGCGACGCGCGGCCACUCCCGCCUCGCGCACGCAGUCUCGCUCACUCACCCAGUCCUUAUCUUCUACUCCGCUGUGAGAGACGUGUCGCCUCCAGUGUGCCAGCGAGGUGACAAACCUGCCAUUACAGAACAGUUGUGCGAAAACAUGCCUCGGCCGACACGCGAGUCCUACGGUGAUCAGAAACCACCCUUUUCUUACAUAGCCCUGACGGCGAUGGCGAUCUGGAGCUCCCCGGAGCGCAUGUUGCCGCUGUCGGAGAUCUACCGGUUCAUCACGGACCGCUUCCCGUACUACCGGCGCAACACGCAGCGCUGGCAGAACUCGCUGCGACACAACCUCUCCUUCAACGACUGCUUCGUGAAGGUGCCGCGCCGCCCGGACCGGCCCGGCAAGGGCGCCUACUGGACGCUGCACCCGCAGGCCUUCGACAUGUUCGAGAAUGGCUCGCUGCUCAGAAGGCGCAAGAGGUUCAAGUUGCACAAGGGGGAGAAGGACAGUUUGAACGCUGAAUUAGCGGCGCUGGCUAGCUUUAAUAGAGCAUUUUUGGCAAGACAAGCUGGUGCGCCUCCGCCUCCAGCUGCGAUGCCGAACGGUAGUAUGUACAACCCGGCGACGACGUUUGUGUCGCGGCCCAGUCCGGAGCCGGCGGAGGCGGUGGACACGGCGGCGCUGCUGCCGCUGGGUCCUCGACCGCGGCGCGCCUUCACCAUCGACGCGCUGCUGGAGCCGGAGCCGCGCCGCUCGUCCCCGUCCCCGCCCCCGCCCCCGCUGCAGCCGCACUGCCCGCUGCCGCUGCCGCCGCCGUACCUGCUCGCCGCGCAGAGGUAUCACGCCGAGCUGCUCGCCGGCCUCCAGCAGUCCUGCUUACCUCCGCUAUGGACAUGGCGAGAUACGAGUCAAUUCUCCCAUUAUACGCUUAAUUCAUGAAUGAUGUCGCGGCGGUGUAAAGACAGAUCUCAGGGGUAGCUCUAGUUAUAAGAAAAUGUCUAGAGACAGUUAAUGUAUGCAAAUAAAAUAAUUAGAUGAUUAGUGACGGCAGACAUUAGUGGCUACGGGGGUAAUGGACGCGGAUUGACACUUAAAGUGGCGGCGGUUGACGUAAACUACUGGAAGGUGAGCUAAACUAUCAUACUUUUUUUUAUUUUAGUAAAGUAAGUGAGUACAGACCAAGGUUAUAUGAUGAGCUAGUCAAAUAUACACGUGGCCAGAAAUUGAAAAAGGCCAGAAAGAGGGGUUUUGAAGAGAAAGAAGUAUGCGUAUGCCAAGCAGUUGGAUUUAAAAAAGGUCUAUAUAUAAAAAAAAAUACUUUAGAUAAAUUA